UGCUAAUGCACAUAAUGAUAUAUACAAUUUAGAAAAAUGACAAAGUUAUGGAAAAAAUAUAUACUUUGGUUUGCCCAGGAGCAUGUAGACUUUCGUGUCGCCGAAUUCGAAUCGAUUGUUAAAUUGUUUGGUCUACAAUUUCGAAAGCUUUCAGAACAUCGAUUGAACCCAUUUUGGCUAGUGGAAUUUCCAAAUGAUGAAGCUGCACACCAGUAUGCAUCACGGUCAAUUGCACUACGCUCUAUCAUCGAGCUAUAUUCACAUGCCCACACAUUGCCUGAAUUUCACAGGGGAUUGAAAGCUUACGUGGAUUUGCAUCAAGGAGCACUCAAAGAAUUAUUUGGGGCAGACAGCUUUAAGAUAACAGUGGAGACAUACAACAAGCACUUCAGCCAGCGUGAAAAGGUAGACAAAAUUGAAGCUAUGGACUAUUUGCCAAUCGAAGGCGCUGUCAACCUAAAGAAUCCACAAGUUGAAUGGUGGUAUCUGGAAUUUUGGGGCUUGGAUCCCACUUCUGUGCCUGCUGCACCUGAAGAUAUUCUCUUUGGCCGCAUGUUGUUUCAGGGACAGCGACAUUUAAUCAAGCAGCUCUCGCUGAAGCAACGCAAAUUCAUUGGCAACACAAGCAUGGAUGCCCAGCUCAGCCUGCUGAUGGCCAAUCAGGCAAUGGUACGUGAUGGUGACCUUGUUUUUGAUCCAUUUGUUGGCACCGGUUCGCUGUUGGUGAGUGCAGCGAAAUUUGGUGGCUAUGUCCUAGGCGCCGACAUUGAUUUUAUGAUGGUGCACGCGCGCUGCAGGCCCAGCCGCAUUACCCAGAAGGUGCGCGAAAAAGAUGAGAGCAUCCGCGCUAAUCUGCAACAGUACGGAUGUGCAGAUCGCUACAUGGAUGUGUUGGUCGCUGACUUUUCUAAUCCCCUGUGGCAUAGACGUAUUUCCUUCGAUAGCAUCAUCACCGAUCCUCCCUAUGGAAUACGCGAGGCGACAGAAAAGGUGGAGAAUAAGUGUAAUCCCAAGGAUAAUACACGAACAACGGAUAUGGCACAUUAUCCCUCAACCUCGCACUAUGCGCUGCAUCAUUUAUAUGCAGAUUUACUGGAAUUUGGAGCAAAGCAUCUAAAGGUGGGAGGACGCCUUGUUUGCUGGCUGCCCUUCCAUCGCGAGGAUUACAACGAAACUAUUAUACCUCAACAUACGCAUCUGCGACUCGUGGCCAACUCUGAGCAACAACUCGCUGGAAAUACAGCGCGACGUCUGCUUACAUAUGAGAAACAUAUGGAGUACCUUAAGGAAGACAGUCCCAGUGACGAUUCGAAUGAGACACAGCUCUGCUCUGCAGCCGCUCAAAACUUUAGAGAGCGCUAUUUUAAUACAAAUGGCGAAAUAGAAUCACGUCAGGAGCGACGCUUACGAAAGGCUGCAUUAAGGGAGCAGGGUCGCCUGGAGAUGGAAAUGCGCGGGAAGCUGCCUAGCGAUGGGCGAGCCAAGAAAUGUGAUUUAAACAAGGCGCGUUUCAACUAAAUAAUUUACUAAUAUA